GCUACACUGGAAGCUUUUAUCCACUUUGGACAUUCAGCCUCACUGGUCAAUGCCUGCAUCCACAGCUGACCUGACAGAAAAAGGGCCGAUUGGACAGAGCAAUUAAUGUUUGCUUCACUAGCUGAAAAUUUAUUUGACAGAUAUCUGAGGUAAAUCAAAAGGAUUUUAUUUUCAAGACAAGUGGGACAGCAGCCUGCAGUCUGAACUGUGGAACAAGUUUUCUGUUGCAGACACCACUCCUAAUCUCUUUAUUUUUGCCAGAAGAAUUUAAUCCAGUCUAGCAUGAGUGGCUGUAGGAAAAGGUGUAAGCGUGAAAUUAUGAAAUUUGCUCAGUACCUGUUCAGGUUUAUUACCGGCUCACUAAGCACAGACAGUGUUGAGGAUGAGUUGGAAAUGGCUACCGUCUGCCAUCGUCCCGAGGGGCUGGAGCAGCUUGAGGCACAAACUAAAUUCACAAAAAAAGAACUUCAGAUCCUCUAUAGGGGUUUUAAAAAUGAGUGUCCCAGUGGGAUAGUCAAUGAAGAGACAUUCAAAGAGAUUUAUGCCCAGUUUUUCCCCCAAGGUGAUGCAUCCACGUAUGCACACUUUCUGUUUAAUGCCUUUGACACAGACCACAAUGGUUCAGUAAGUUUUGAGGAUUUUAUCCAGGGUCUUUCUGUUUUACUUCGUGGAACAAUUCAGGAUAAACUAAAAUGGGCAUUCAAUUUAUAUGAUAUAAAUAAGGAUGGAUAUGUAACUAAGGAGGAAAUGCUGGAUAUUAUGAAAUCUAUUUAUGACAUGAUGGGAAAAUACACUUAUCCUGUUCUUAGAGACGAAGCGCCCAGGCAGCAUGUUGAAAUAUUUUUUCAGAAAAUGGAUAAAAAUAAAGAUGGGGUAGUGACCAUUGAUGAAUUCAUUGACACCUGCCAAAAAGAUGAGAAUAUCAUGAAAUCCAUGCAACUCUUUGAAAAUAUUAUUUAAUGUCAGCAACAAUCAAGCACUUUAAAGGACAGCUUCAAAGAUUCUAAACAAAAGGAAUGACUGUGAUCAGUGGAGAAACUACUACCACUAUAAUAGAAUUCAGCAACAUGCUGAGAUGAUGUAUUAUGCAAGUCAGCUUAGUUCAGAUGUAAAGCCUUCAACUAGUAAAUAUUUUUUAGAGUUAUGAACAUAGCCAAUGUCAUAACAGUAAGAAUGGAAUAUUUUAUUUAAACAAAAUCUCUUGUGUUAGUUGCACAUGUAAAAUGCAUGCUUUCAUAUUCAGGCAAAAGACCCUUCCUAAAGAUGAUGAUGAUUAUGGUUAUGUUACUACUUUUAAAUAAAUGGAUGAGAGGUGGAUUCCAUGCAUACAUAUGUGCGUGAGUGUGCGUGCGUGUGUGUGUGCGCGUGUGUGUGUGUGUGCAUGUGUGUGUGCGUGUGCGUGUGCGUGUGAUUGAUGUGUGUGGCUUCAUAGCACAGCACUUCUAAUUUGCUGCACACUGUUUGGCAAAUUGAAAUAAGCAGCACCUGAACCAAACGUCAUUCAAGAGCCCAAGUAUAAUUUUAAUAAAAUACAGGGCAAUGUAGAAAAUAAAAGACGAAUGCAAUGUACUGUAACAUACUAUCCAUUUGUACAUCACAUUUUCUUAACUAGAAUUAUCACAGUACCUUUUAUGGCACGAUCGAAGUCACACAACUAUUUCAGAUAUAGGGAUGGAAUGCUAAAAACACCUACCAAUUAUCUGCUCUGAUGUAUUUAUUAUGUACUAAUAGAGGAGCAGUGUGAUCCCAUUACAUCUUCAAUUUAUGAUAGUGUCUUUGUGUAUUAAUGUGUACAUUUUGUAACAAAACAACAUGAAAAUAAA